UCCAUAAUUUGGAAAUCGAUUCACAAAUGGAAUUAGAAAACAUUAAGGCUUUAAUUGAGGCCGAGAUAGGGACAGCUCCUGCCAAUCAGAUUUUAUUUUAUCACGGGCAAGAGUUAACGGAUCCAAAGAAAACUCUAGAGCAAUAUGGCGUCGUUCAAGAUGAAAUAUUGUUACUUAAAAUACGUCCUUCCGAUAAUCAAUCGUCAUCUACAAUCGGUACACCCGAAGAAUAUGAAUUAAUGCGUCAAACUUUAUUGAGUCGACCUGAUAUGUUGCAACAAUUGCUUCGAAAUCAACCAGAACUUGCUAAUGCCGCAUUAAGUGGUCCACAAGAAUUUACUGAAUUAUUUCAACAAAUGGCACAACGUAGAGAUGAUCCAUGUGAUGUUGAAAAACAAAGAAGAAUAGAAGAGGAAAUAAGAAUGCAAAAUGUUUUGGCUAAUUUUUCAGAUGCAUUAGAAUAUAAUCCGGAAUCUUUUGGCAGAGUAACAAUGUUAUAUAUUGACGUUGAAGUUAACGGACAUCCAGUGAAAGCUUUUGUCGAUUCUGGAGCUCAAGCCACUAUAAUGAGUCCUCAAUGUGCAGAAAGUUGUGGGAUUAUGCGGCUUGUAGAUCAACGAUUUGCCGGAAUUGCUAAAGGUGUGGGAACGGCCAAAAUCAUAGGUCGUGUUCACAGUGCACAAAUUCGUGUCGGAGCAGAUUUAUUUUUACUUUGUUCGUUUACAAUUAUGGAAGGACGUGGAACUGAUUUGUUAUUUGGACUGGAUAUGCUUAAACGCCAUCAGGCAUGUAUUGAUUUGCAAAAGAACGCAUUAAUUAUUAAUGGUAAAGAAAUUCGAUUUUUAGCAGAACAUGAAUUACCAGAAAGUGCAAGAAUGGAUGAGAUGGAAGAACAUAUCCCUCAUAAUAUAGCAGAUAGUUCUAGUACAUCAAAGACGAAAUCACCAUCAAUCUCUUCUA